CCGCGGCGCCGGCGCCGGCCACCCUCACACCGCCCCCGGCGCACACCUCCGCCGCCGCCACCGUGCCCGGAGUCGUCGUCAAUGGCGGCCUCUCACCGAUGGAGGCGGCGGCCAACGCCGAAGAUGCCAAGGACUUCCACAAGCGGACGAUGGGGACGCGGGAAGUGCACAACAAGCUGGAGAAGAACCGGCGCGCCCAUCUCAAGGAGUGCUUCGAGCUGCUGAAGAAGCAGCUGCCGCCCUCGCCGGACGAGAAGAAGACGUCCAACCUGAGCAUCCUGCACAGCGCGCUGCGCUACAUCCAGGUAAUGCGACGGAAGGAACGCGAGUUCGAGCACGAGAUGGAGCGACUCGCCAGAGAGAAGAUAGCCGCUCAGCAGAGGCUCGCCAACCUGAAGAAAGAGCUGUCGGCACAAUGGGACCAUAUAGACUUCAACGCCUUGCUGCCCGAGACCGUUCCUGUCGACAACGAUCCAGUGAGACCACCACGUGAUACUGUGUCGCACACUGCUUCCACAGCCUCAGCCGGUGCAGAUCUGAGUGACGGGGAGGAGACCCUGCAGAGAACUGGCCCCAUGUACAGCAGCACCUCCUCACUCUCGAGCACGGCCACUCCAGGCUCUCCGCAGCAGCACGCUACCGAGGACGCGAGUACCUCGACGCGGCAGCAGAGCCCGCGGCCCACCGCUGCGGUGGCGACUCCUCCGCACCAGCAUGCACUGCCACCCCCACCGCCCACGCACCAUCUGCAGCUGCCUGUGUCUGCACAUAUGGUGAGUGCAGCACCGGGCCUCGCGGCGGCCCUGGUGAGCCCUGCCAUCCAGCUGCUGGCGUCAUCAGGCCUGCGUGUGCUGCCAGCCGAGCCGCAGCCGCUGUCGCUCACCGUGCACCACCCGCAAUCUUCGUCACACCAUCAUACAGGUGUCAGUACGGAGCGGCUGCGUGAGUCCCCUACUAGUGCGGCGAUCUCACUGCCGACGUUACACCUCACUAACAAGAUGGUGGCCUUGCCUGGAGGUGCAGAACUGAACCUACUGCCAGCCAACGGCACUCGCAAGCACCCACCACUGGCCACAAUUACUGGAGGCAUCAGCUUACCAAAUGGUGUGCUGGGUCCCCAUCACCCAGUGCAACACGCUGCCGCAGCCACGCAGCACACUACGCACCAUCAUGCCGGUGUCACGCUGGCGACCAAGUCGGUGCCUGCAGGCAUCACCCACGUGGUGGCCCCUCUCGGCAGCCACCCUGCACACACGGGGCUGACGCCACUCGUCACGCCUGUCACUGUAGUGUCUCAGGGAUCGCAGCAAGUAGCCCACAUACUUGCAACUCCACAGCCGAUUGGUGCGGCUGGGAAGGUUAUGACGACUGCUCCCUUGUUGAAGUCAGUGGGUCCUAUGCCUCUCGUUAAUGCGCAGUACCUGUCGGCUGCUGCACUCGUGAAGCCAGUGGUCGUGGUGAGCUCACCGUCCCAGGCGAGUGCUCUGCCGCCCCCUCAUACAACUUCGUGAGCUCCACUGGCCGCGAUGCAACACACUGGUGGCUACUUCACAUUACAUCCAAUCUAAGGAGGAAGUCUACCAGAGGCAUGGGGAUUGCAGUGCAGAUAUACUAUACAAAACUUUGGUUCCCUGCAGAGACUCGUAUUUUGUGUGUUGGAAGAGGGUGGUGGACUUUAUGCAGGGAGCUUUGUGCUGUAGUGGAAUCUUCCCAAGUCUUGUUGCAUGUGGCCAUAAGAAGCAGAUGUUGAUUUGAGUGGGGUAACAUUGGAGGUUACAGAGAAGUGAGACUGAGUGUGCCCAUGUUAAUGAUGUGACUCUUCACAGAAAUGAUGGUUACUGCUUUGAGAAACUAUAAGGAGGUGGGCCAUUCUGGCUACAGGUGCUGGACAUAAUGAAUAUACGUGUGUGUGUGUGUGUGUGUGUGUGUGUGUGUGUGUGUGUGUGCGUGCGUGUGUGUGUACGCGCGCGCGCGCGGGUUGGGGGGGGGGGGGCCACGGGCACGCAUGUGCGUCCAAAUAUAGUGUGUGUGCUGGAACAGGGCUUCUACAAUCUUCAGUAUGCAAUCAUAUCAUGAGAAACAUCAUUAGCACCGAGGAAGAAAAUUAAACAGUGCUGAAUGUUUGCAAGGAGUUAAGUAUACACAAUGAACAGUGGCACAACUUUUGCACAGUUUUUGUGUUCAUUCUGUUAAGACAAUUUUGGCUCAGAAAGAGCUGAAAGAACUGGAGCACGGUUGACUGAGAACUGUCAGAUUGCUUGUGAGUGUUAUAAAUGGUUAUGCAAGGUGUCGGGGCAUUAAAGAUUGUUGUAGUAAGCAUUCAUGCUCGUGAUUGUUGAUCACUUAGAACCACUGUGUCUCUUGACAUAAUAAGCUGACCUCUGUACACUUGUGUAGGGUAACAUUUUCAUUGUCAUUUGUUUUGAAAUACUUGUUCUGUAGUUAACAUCAAAGUAUUCCCCUUUGUUGGAGAGAUUUGUAUUUGCUGCCAUUUUGAUUGGAUGGUUUUCUUUUAUGCAGCAGUUGUCAUGUUAGGAGUAAUGUCUGUGUUUUUUAUUUGAGAAAAAAUAUUUGUAGUUCUUGCAUUUGAGAAUAUAGAAAUACUUUCACUUAGGACGUUGUUAUAUGUCGUAAUUAUGUAGAACUUCACAGAACGUUUGUCCCAAGUUGAAGUUAGCAAGACUUUGGUAUGUUCCUGAUUUAUUUUAAGCUGUCAGACAAUUCAGUUUCAAUGUCUGUAGAGGAUCUAUUUAAAAGAAAAAUGUUCUGGGAUAUUAAAUUAGUCAUGCAACAACUCUGGAUCAACUGUUGCCUUUUAUUUUUCAUUGGAUUACUGUCAGUUCAUAACAACAGAAAAUCAUGACCACAGCUGCUACUAGUUAUUGAUUAUUCAUGCAAGCAAGAGAAAAACUAAAAUGUGUUUCUCUGUUGUUUAUGUAUGGGUGAUUGUAGUUUACAAAUUUGUCAUGUGACAUUUCCAUGUGGCACAUGGCAUUUGAAACAUUGUCAGCUGCUUCGUAGAGUAAGAUUGGAGCCCAGAUCUAUGAACAGUUAUGUGUAGCUACACAUGUGUCUACACUGAAAGCUAAAUUUGGUUGAAUCUUAUACUCUGAAUGUAUCUUAUCUGUAAAAUAGUCACAGAACAUAUGGAGGAAAAGAACUUCUAGAAAUGAUAAGUGACAACCACACUACUCCCUCACCUUUAUCAGAUUUGCAAUCAUGUGAGGAAGUUGACAAGUAUGUGCCCAUUCAAAUGCUAAUAAGAUAGCAGAUAUGUGUAUAUAUUUAGCAUGAAUAUUGUAAACCGAUUAUCACACUGGUAAGUACAAAGUUUUUUUGGCGUGACAUUAAUUUAAUUUGAAUGUGCGUUUAUCAUAGGACAGUCUCAUUAAAAAAAGUAUUAGUAGCCAUUUGACAAGUAUAUGAUUUAUUUUGUAAAAAAGUACUUGCCGUAUUACAAAAUGUAAGCUAUCUUUCCAUGUCACUAUGAAUCUAUUUCAUCAGAUUGAGCUGUAUAAUCAUUGCAGUUAUGUAUCAUUUUUAUUAAUUAAUGUUUACUGCCAAAAAAUUAAUUAUGAAGAUUUGCUAUUAAACAUGUGGUUUAAAAUUUUGUCAUGUAUUUAUUAAAUUUCCUUUUGUACUGCAGAAGACAGAAUUUGAGCAGGUAUUGUUUGCAAUGUCACAUUUGUGUGGUGCUUGUGUUGUUGUUAUUUAUUGUUUCAUUUGGGUGUGUUGGACUUAACACUGAAACUUAAAUAUGUGGAAAGUGACUAUGAAAUAUAAAGUUCCCGAAUUACGCCCUGAGCAUUUUUGAGAAUAAAUGUGUUACUGAUGUAAUGAAGCAAUAUUAAUGUACUGAAAAAUGUUUGUUGUUGAGGUACAAAACUAGUGACCCUCGUAAGAGUUCUAAGUGAAGAUCAACAUAUUCUUGAUGUUGCAAUCAUCUGUCUAGUGUCUUAUUGAUUGAUGAUCCAAAAAUUGAUGUUUAGUAUAUAUCUAAUAUUUUUAAAUAGUUUUGUAGGCUGCAUGCUAUUUCUAAGAUGAGAAGCACGUGUUCCAUGAGUGCGAUAUGCUCUUUAAAUACAUUCCGGUGGCUGAAAUUUAUUGUUUGUAUAGUAUAUAUUGUUACAGUUAGCAGCAUAUUGUUUACAUGGAAGAGAGAGAAGUACCCAUUUGUCUGGUCCAAAUUAGCUUGUUGGCUGUCUCAUCUUAACUGUUGUAUGGUAAUUUAGGAAGCAUCAAAAUUAGAUCACUGGAAAACAAAUGUACAUUCCAUGAAAUGUUUAAAUUUUUUAUUGUAACUGUUUGGAUAGACUUUGUGGGAAAGAGUUUGGUGCUUCUCUACCCUACUAAGCAUCCACUGCUUCAACCUCAUAAUAUUAUCUGCAGUCUUGGUUCGUUUUAGUUGAUGUGUUGAUUUCUGUGGUUCGCAAAUGUCUCCAAAACAUAAAAUAUCAGAUACUUGUUUUAAAGUAAGAUAUACUGCCACUUUUUAUCACUGCCAUUAUUUUCUGGCUGUAUGGUUCCAGGAAACUCCAAUGAAUGAUGUUUAAUUUUGUGAAACAUUAGUAAAGAGUUAAUUGGUGUUAUGCUGAGAGGAGUGAAGCAAAUAAAACUGUAGCCUCAUUUGGAAAAAUGGAAAGAUGGUACAGUGUUUACACUGGCUACUUAUGAUUGAAUUGUUGAUUUUUGGCAGUGGGUAGAAGUUAUAGUGCCUGAAGAAAAAUUGCACAAUUACUGAACAGGGUGAAUGUUUAAUGUUUUGACUUUUAUGUACAGAGUAAGCGUAUUCUGUUAGAUUUCACUAUUCGGCUUGUUAACAUAAAUGAGCUGAUGAAGUUUCAGUAUUUGUGAACUGAUAGUAUGACAGAUUAACAUUAUAGUAUGUAAGCAGGAACAUGAUCACAGAUUAUAAACUAUUUCCUUCUUCCAUGGUUAUUAAACUUGACUGGUGGUGCUUUGUGUUAAUUACAAUACUGCAUGUGACUGAAAUGAGUAAUAAAUAUUGUGUGAGAGGCAGUAUCUCAUAGAACAUAUUUAAAGUAUGUAGAAAGGCAUAUUGCCUAUGUAUGUUUUCUGUAAAUAGAGAGAAUAUCAGUUUUUGUUGAUCAGCUGUUAUGUGUAUUUACGUGUAAAUAGAAGAACUGAAAAAAGAUGGUGUUGUUUUAAUGCUGCAAUAAAGUGAAUAAC